AUGGAUGACACAACUGUGCUGAAGUAUUACGCCUUUGAGUUCACUGGCCAUACUGUAGUACUAUGUUUUGAGCUCGGCUCGCUCAUAAACCACCAUCAAAGACUGAUAAAAGAAGGAAGAAAAACGCCGAACAUUCAUCCCAAAACCAAAAAGGGCAGAAACAGACUUACCAGUCAUACACAUGUCAUUCCAGAAACUCAAGAGCGUGUUGUCAAUGAAGUAUGGAAUGCCUUAGUUCCGCCUUCCCAGCCACCUACCCGUCUCUACCGUUACAUUCACCCUGAUGUGUUGCAGGUGGAUCCCUCUACCAGCAGUGAGGAAGAAACAGCAGUAAUGACAACAGUGCCUAGGCUGUCCUCAUUCCUAGAAGCUAUCCAGCGUCGUGAUGACACGUAUUACGUUGUGUCAUUUUCUCCUGAUCAUCUAUUGGUUCCUGCCACUGCACGUAAUGAUUCUGCUCGGCCUCGUAUGUCCCUGCUCAUGCCUACACCUCGCCCAAUAAACGAGUCUCUGGCCCCUCCUGAUGCUCACAUUGCGAUGAUGCAAAUUGAUUGCGAGGUUAUCCACACCCGUCUUGUGCAUGUAUCUGAGGAAGUUGUGCCUGCACAUCUACGUGCUGGUGGCAACAAUGCAUCUCAUCCAUCAUCAGAUGGCUCUUCUACUGGCCGUCAGGAGAGACGUAGUGGCCAUGCCAGAUCGCGCCCUUUCCUUUCCAGACCCAUUUACCCAACCAAAUAGUCUUUAUGUAAUACUAAAUGCAAAAUUAGUCUGAUUGUACAUAACAUUAAAUCAUACAUAAAUGAAAACUUUAUCAAAAUAUUUUUUUUUUUCAGGGUAAUCAAACUGUUAGGUGCAAAUUGAAAUUAAGAGUAUUUGACAACUAUUGUUUUGUGUUAUAUGAAUCUGAUACUGUUUUAUCACUUUGGCAUGAUAGAGAUAAGAAUCAAAUUCUGGUUAAAUGUGUCAAUUUUUAAACUGUACAAACUUGUGUGAAUAUAUGAUAAUUUUUAUAAGCUGUAUAUUAAAAGAUCUUAUCUUAUUUUGACUUUAAUGCUGAGUGGUAUACAUUACAAAGAUAAGUUGUAUGUUUGCUUUU